GAGUCAACGUAAAUUUUGGCUAUAAAUUAGUCAACAUUCCAUGUCUUGCAUUCGAACAUCUUAGCCUUAAUCAUUUUCAUCUUACUCUUUAAAGCGUAACGAUUAAUUAACGGGAAGAUUUAUAUGGCUCCACCACCUCCGGCACCACCGUCCGUUACGUUGAGGACAGUGCUCCUUCUCCUUAGGGUUUUGACCGCGGCUUUCCUCCUCAUAACGGUGGUCCUCAUCAGCACCAACACCGUCACUCUCGAAAUUUCAAGCACGUCUAUCAAAUUGCCUUUCAACGAUGUCUAUGCUUAUAGAUACAUGCUGUCCGCUGCCGUCAUCGGACUAGUUUACGCCGUUGUACAACUGUUCUUAACAAUCUCCCAAUUUGCCACCGGAAAAACACAUCCUCUUACUUAUCAGUUCGAUUUCUACGGUGAUAAGGUAAUAUCAUAUUUACUUGCAACGGGUUCGGCGGCAGGAUUUGGAGUGAGCAAAGAUUUGAAAGACACAUACAUAGCAUUAAUAGAAUUUGAUUCGACUGAUCCAGUGGAUAAGUUCUUUAGUAAAGGAUAUGCAUCGGCCAGUCUUCUUCUCUUCGCAUUCGUCUCUCUUGCCGUUUUAUCCGUUUUCUCAUCCCUUGCUCUUUCCAAACGACCAGUUCCAGUCUCAUAAACACACAUAUGAUCAUUGUAACCCUACAUUAUGCUUCCUUCAUUUUAAUUCACCAAUCGUGGAAUUUAAUAAGAUUAUACGCUUUUUAAGAUUCUUUGGGUCACGUUACCAAAUACAUAUAUUACUUUGUUGGCUACAUAUCUCGCAAGGCUAUGUUUGGGAGUACUAUUUCUGUGAAAACAUAUGUAACCAACCUAUCUAUAAGGUCAAGUCUUCUUAUUUCUAAUCAUCAUGCAAAAUUAUUAUUGUGUCGGAUCAUUAAAAAAUGUUAUUAAAAAGCCCUAACUUUUCAUAA